UUCCAGCCAGCUGUCAAACUGACAGCGUAUUUACGUCAGCCACGUUGGAACUGCCAACUCGGUGUUUUUAUGAUAAAUAUUUUAUUUUUCUCAUCUAAAUACCCGGCGUUGGCGAGUUAGGAUGAAGAUCAAGGAGCUGAAGCGGACGGUGAACGUGAGCUGGUCGCCGGCGGAGCAGGCGCCGGUGCUGCUGGUGGCCGGCUCGGCGGCGCAGCAGGUGGACGCGUCCUUCAGCAGCUCGUCGCAGUUGGACCUGUAUUCCUUGAAUUUGGAGGACCCUGGACUCGAUUUGGAACUUAAAGCCAGUCUACAAACGAAGCAUAAAUUUCAAAAGCUAGUAUGGUCAGGAGCUGGUGUCAUUGUGGGGGGUUGUGAUGGUGGUCUGUUAGAGUUCUACAGUGCUGACAGACUGCUCAAGAAUGUUGACAACCCACUGUUGGGCAGCAACACUAAACACAACAAUCAUGUGUCAGCGCUGGACAUAAACCCGUACCAGAAGAACCUCCUGGCCUCCGGAGCCUCCGACAGUGAGAUCUUCAUCUGGGACCUGAACAACACCAGUCAACCCAUGGCUCCGGGCAACAAGAGUCAGCCGCUGGACCAUGUGCAGGCACUAGCUUGGAAUCAGCAGGUGCAACACAUUCUCGGUUCGACAUUUGCGUCCAGAUGUGUCGUAUGGGAUCUGCGGAAAAACGAGCCUAUUAUGAAAUUAAGUGACACCGUGUCCCGCACCCGAUGGCGCGCGCUGGCGUGGCACCCCGGCGUGGCCACGCAGCUGUGCGUCGCCUCCGAGGACGACGCAGCUCCUGUUGUUCAGCUCUGGGAUCUCAGAUUGGCAGCAUCUCCGUUAGUAACACUCGAGGGUCACCAGAAGGGCGUCAUGGCGUUAUCCUGGUGUCGUCAGGACCCGGACCUGCUCCUGUCAGCCGGCCGAGACGGUCGGGUGCUUUGUUGGAACCCUAACAACACCCAGCCGGGUGGCGAGCUGCUUGUGGAGGUGGCACAGCAAGAGCAGUGGGUGUUCGACGUGUCUUGGUGUGCCCGCGACCCUAGUUUGCUGGUGUCGAGCUCUUUCGAGCAGCAAGUCACUGUGCAUUCGCUGUUGGGCGGCGGAGGCAGCGCGAGGCCGGAGACUAGCGGGCAGAGCCAGUCGAACAUAUUAGAAGCGUUCGGCGCGGCGUCGCUGGGGCGGCUGCCCGCCGUGGCGCGCCCGGCGCCCGCGCCCGCGCCGCGCGCCGUGCUGCCCAGGGCUCCCCGGUGGCUCCGGAGACCUGUUGGAGCCAAGUUCGCUUUCGGCGGCAAACUGGUCACGUUUGAGAAAUGUCCUCAAGAAAAUCCACAGAAAACUGUACAUAUUAGCCAGGUGGUGAGUGAACCAGAAAUAAUCGAGCUGGCGGCCGAGCUGGACGGGGUUCUCAGUUCCACUCUGAGCAACGAGCCGGGCGCCAUCGAGGCGUUGGCACAGUACUGUCGGCAAAAAGGCGACGCCGCGAGCGAGCAGAACGAUCGCUACACGUGGUUCUUCCUGCGAGCGAACUUCUUGCCCAACUUCAGGAGCGAAGUCCUCAAUCUGCUGGGAUUCAAGCAAGACGAAAUCCCGUCUAAGUUCAAAAGUGGAAAUCUCGCCGACCAGACAGACCACGCUGGGCUGAGCCGGGGCGAGUCCACGGAGACCGACGCGGAACUCUCCACUGACACCAGCACUGAUCUUUCGGACGCACACACACUGAUGGAAAGGAAACUGGCUAAUUUGGAUCUGGAGCCACAAGCACAAAAUGUCGUCAUUCCCAACGGAGAAGAUUCCACAAGCCUCAUCUGCCGCGCGCUGGUGUGCGGGAACCUCGAGGAGGCCGUCGAGCUGUGUCUGGACGCCAAGCGGGUGGCGGACGCUCUCAUCAUCGCCUCUCUGGGCAGCCAAGAGCUCCUCUACAAAGUCCAAAAAUACCACCUAGCGCACUCCGGCCGCGACCCCGUCGCUCUAGUAGCCAGUAGUUUGCUGAACGGCCGCUGGGAGGCGCUGGUGUCUUCCUCGAGCCCGUCCUCGUGGAGAGAUGUACUGGCGGCCUGUGUCACUCACACUGAGGGCGCCGAGCUACAACAUUACUGCGAAAUGCUCGGCGAUCGCCUCUCAAAAGAAACCGACCCAGCGCUCGCAGAGGCGGCAACAGUGUGCUAUCUAGUGGGCGCAUCAGCCGACGCCUUGUUGUCUCGCUGGGCGGCGAGGCGGCGGGACGGGGGGGCACACGCGCUGGCUAAACUGACGGAGCUGGCGCUGCUGAUGCGGAGAGCGGCGGCCGCUAGAGGGAGAGACACACAGGCGGCGAGGCGGCGGGACGGGGGGGCGCACGCGCUGGCUAAACUGACGGAGCUGGCGCUGCUGAUGCGGAGAGCGGCGGCCGCUAGAGGGAGAGACACACAGAGGGAGAGACACACAGGUGAGACAGAGACAGCUACAGUGGCCAGUGCCGACGCCUUGUUGUCUCGCUGGGCGGCGAGGCGGCGGGACGGGGGGGCGCACGCGCUGGCUAAACUGACGGAGCUGGCGCUGCUGAUGCGGAGAGCGGCGGCCGCUAGAGGGAGAGACACACAGAGGGAGAGACACACAGGUGAGACAGAGACAGCUACAGUGGCCAGUGCCGACGCCUUGUUGUCUCGCUGGGCGGCGAGGCGGCGGGACAGGGGGGCGCACGCGCUGGCUAAACUGACGGAGCUGGCGCUGCUGAUGCGGAGAGCGGCGGCCGCUAGAGGGAGAGACACACAGAGGGAGAGACACACAGGUGAGACAGAGACGGCUACAGUGGCCAGUGCCGACGCCUUGUUGUCUCGCUGGGCGGCGAGGCGGCGGGACGGGGGGGCGCACGCGCUGGCUAAACUGACGGAGCUGGCGCUGCUGAUGCGGAGAGCGGCGGCCGCUAGAGGGAGAGACACACAGAGGGAGAGACACACAGGUGAGACAGAGACAGCUACAGUGGCCAGUGCCGACGCCUUGUUGUCUCGCUGGGCGGCGAGGCGGCGGGACGGGGGGGCGCACGCGCUGGCUAAACUGACGGAGCUGGCGCUGCUGAUGCGGAGAGCGGCGGCCGCUAGAGGGAGAGACACACAGAGGGAGAGACACACAGGUGAGACAGAGACAGCUACAGUGGCCAGUGCCGACGCCUUGUUGUCUCGCUGGGCGGCGAGGCGGCGGGACGGGGGGGCGCACGCGCUGGCUAAACUGACGGAGCUGGCGCUGCUGAUGCGGAGAGCGGCGGCCGCUAGAGGGAGAGACACACAGAGGGAGAGACACACAGGUGAGACAGAGACAGCUACAGUGGCCAGUGCCGACGCCUUGUUGUCUCGCUGGGCGGCGAGGCGGCGGGACGGGGGGGCGCACGCGCUGGCUAAACUGACGGAGCUGGCGCUGCUGAUGCGGAGAGCGGCGGCCGCUAGAGGGAGAGACACACAGUGCCGACGCCUUGUUGUCUCGCUGGGCGGCGAGGCGGCGGGAUGGGGGGGGGCGCACGCGCUGGCUAAACUGACGGAGCUGGCGCUGCUGAUGCGGAGAGCGGCGGCCGCUAGAGGGAGAGACACACAGAGGGAGAGACACACAGGUGAGACAGAGACAGCUACAGUGGCCAGUGCCGACGCCUUGUUGUCUCGCUGGGCGGCGAGGCGGCGGGACGGGGGGGCGCACGCGCUGGCUAAACUGACGGAGCUGGCGCUGCUGAUGCGGAGAGCGGCGGCCGCUAGAGGGAGAGACACACAGGUGAGACAGAGACAGCUACAGUGGCCAGUGCCGACGCCUUGUUGUCUCGCUGGGCGGCGGGACGGGGGGGCGCACGCGCUGGCUAAACUGACGGAGCUGGCGCUGCUGAUGCGGAGAGCGGCGGCCGCUAGAGGGAGAGACACACAGGUGAGACAGAGACAGCUACAGUGGCCAGUGCCGACGCCUUGUUGUCUCGCUGGGCGGCGAGGCGGCGGGACGGGGGGGGCGCACGCGCUGGCUAAACUGACGGAGCUGGCGCUGCUGAUGCGGAGAGCGGCGGCCGCUAGAGGGAGAGACACACAGGUGAGACAGAGACAGCUACAGUGGCCAGUGCCGACGCCUUGUUGUCUCGCUGGGCGGCGAGGCGGCGGGACGGGGGGGGCGCACGCGCUGGCAAAACUGACGGAGCUGGCGCUGCUGAUGCGGAGAGCGGCGGCCGCUAGAGGGAGAGACACACAGAAUGGCGGCAAACUAGAAGCAGUCCUUACAGAAUACGCGGGACGUCUCGCGGCUCAGGGCUGCCUCCGCAGCGCCCUCAACAGCCUGGAAGGCGCGCCGCCCACCGAGCUGCACGAGCGGCUCAACACAGCCCUGGGACUCAACCCGCGCAGACAAAGCCACCCACAACAGCAGGGCAUGCCGCAGUUCGCGCGCUGCCGCACUACCAGCGGCCACGCCAAGCGCGGACAUCUUGUCGCACACAACGAUGUCUCCAACACCUACAGCCAACAACAACAGCAGGGCAUGCCGCAGUUCGCGCGCUGCCGCACUACGAGCGGUCACGCCAAGCGCGGACAUCUCGUCGCACACAACGAUGUUUCCAACACCUACAGCGCAGUAGCGCCAUCAUACGAGCCCAACCCGUGGGCGCAGCAACAACAGCCCGCGGCCCCCCUCCCCGCGCCCCCCGCGCCCGCCGCGCCCGCGCCGCCGCCCCCCCGCCCGGGCAGCGUGGGGCCCCAAGCUGGUGGCAUAACCUCCAAAUCCAAAUAUAAAGUGGACCCCUCCGUGCAAUCCGCGCCCCUCUACAACCAGUACAGCUUCAACAACCCCCAGCCCCCCACUUAUGGCUUCAACAGCCCCCUUCCCGACCAAUACAGCGGCUCAACAGUCCCUAGCAGUGGUAGCUACACAUACAGCCAGCCGCUAAACCCGAGCCAGCUGAACCCGACGAACCCGAGUGUAAAUCCAUUGAACCCAAUGAACCCGAGUGUAAAUCCACUAAACCAGAUGAACCCGAGCGUAAAUUCAUUAAAUCCGAUGAACCCGAGUGUAAAUCCACUAAACCCGAUGAACCCGAGUUUAAACCCCAUGAACCCGAGUGUAAAUCCUUUGAACCCGAGUGUAAACCCGAUGAGCCCGGCGACAGUAGCGGGUCAAGUGAACGGCAACUACCACCAGGAGCGGCGGCAGGAGGCGCCGCCUGGCUGGAACGACCCGCCACCGGUUACUGCCAAACCUAAGCCAAAGCAAGAGGUCCAGCAGCAAGCACCGAUCACCCACCCCCUAUAUGGCGUCGAACCCACACACGUGCCUCUGAACCCUGCCCAGCCAUAUCCUGGGCAACAACAGUACCCUGGACAGCAAUAUCCCGGACAACAACAAUAUCCUGGCCAACAACAGUACCCUGGACAACAGCAGUACCCAGGGCAGUACGACCAGUACCAACAGCAGCAGUACCCGCCUGUGCAGCAGUAUCCUCAGUCGGCGUCGCCUUUACCGGCCGUCGAAGCAAAACCAGCGCAGAAGGCCGAACUACCCGAGGAACACAAAGUCAUGCAGAGCGUCUUUGACGCCAUUAGGGCCGAGUGCUCUAAUAGAGCUGCCAACCCGCAAAUGAAGAGGAAACUAGAAGACGUCCAACGGAGGCUGGAAACGCUGUACGACCUGCUGAGAGAAUACCGGCUAUCGGAGACAGCAUUAAGCUCGCUCCACACGUGCGUGCAAUACGUGCAGUCGUCGGACUACGAGAACGCGCUGCACGUGACGACUUCACUCGCGACUGGCGCCGACUUCGCCGCCGCGGCGUCCUUCCUGCCCGGCCUCAAAACGCUGUUCCAACUCGCGGGCCAGCUGCAGGUCUACGUGCGGUGAGCGCCAACAACGCCUAUGUGCGUUUGUCGUCACUGCCAAGAACGCACAUGUGCGUUCCCUUGUAACACUGCAGUGAAUGUGUCAAUCUAACGUGGCCCACGAUUCUACCCAUAUUUAAAUUAUAUAUGAUUAAUGAUUUCUUACAUAGUAUGAUAAAUUAUUUCCAACAUAAUUAACUUUUGAACGCUACAGAACAAUAGCUGUCAUAAAAUUCAACCUUUUAAGUAUUGAUAUUAGGUACCUACCUAACUCAUAUAUGUACUUAUGUUCUGGCGUCUAUUAUAACACUUUGGCGACUGGAGUCCCUAGGAUUAAGAGGAAAGUGGACGACCGCUUCGUCAUUCAAACGUAGUCCCCAUUUUCCUCUCUGAAUAUUAAUUGACAUUAUGGAACGUAUUUUUAGACAAUUUGAUGUAUAUUAAAUUAACCAUAGCUGGCCCUUCAUUUAUCUUUUUUCAAAUUUUCUUUUUCUUUGUGUAAAAAAUACAUAAAUUGAAACGACCAUAUGUACUGUAAAACGUACAAUACACGUGCGAAAAGCUAAUUCGCAUUUGCUACUUGUGUAGUAAUGUACUAUAUAUCGAAUUCAGAGUCAGGUAUAACUGGGAUAAGGUACCUUGUAUGUAUCGCAAUUAGUUAUUACUCGACUGAGAACUUGAGAAGUUAACACAUUCAUUACCACUAAGUGCUACGGGUUACGCUCGUAGCGCGUAGCCACGGUUUCGCCGUAUGUAGCGCGUAGUCGCUACGAACAGUGUACCCGACAGUCGGGUUCUUGGUGUUGAAUGUGUUAAUGUUUUGUGCAUCUACCUCAUUGGAUUCCAGUAGACCCUUAAAAUGAUCCCUUAUAGUAGGUCUAUACAAUACUUGGUAUUAUUACUGAUUACUAUUAACGACCAUUAAAUACAAUAAUAUAAUGCGCAGACUUUCCAUAAAAGUGUUCAUUAUUAUUUUAAUAAUUUAUACAUUAUUUUAUGUUAGAUUGUUUGGAAGGUAUCGUCUUGGGUCGUCCCAUUAGUUUUUCGUCAAGUUCUUAAAUUAGUCUUAUUCUGUUUUCGUCACCCAUUCUACAUUCGUCACAAUCGUCGGUGGCUUUCAAUAUAGAAUGAGUGACGAAAGCAAAAUAGGACUAAUUUAAGAACUCGACGAAAAACGAACGGGACGACCCAAGACGAUACCGUUUGGAACUUUACACACAUUUAAAGUUAAAAAUUGUGUUAAGUAUUGUUUUUUUUUUAAUAUUAUCCGAUAAGAUCUAUCGAGUCGAUGAUGUAAGUUAAUAUUAUUUUGUGCCUUAUUUUAAUCUUGCUAUUAAAAAAAUCUACUAAUAACAGUGCCACACAUGACUAUUUCGUCAAGUGACAAGCAAAACUCAUUAAUUACUACCACAAGUUCUGAGCGAUAUUGAAAAUGUAUGGAAAAUCAGAACAUGCAAAAUUGUUUAGAAAUUGAGGCCAAGUGCCAGACAGAUACAACUCAACUCAAGAGCAAUGAAAUUAGGUCAUUGUAGAGAUUAAUAUUAUGUAUAAAGUGACCGAAUUACUAUACUGUUUCGUGUAAAAAAACGCAUGCUCGCGUUUAAUUUUCGAUAUCGCUAUUAGUUAACCCGUUCAGCGAUAAUCACGACGCGUUGUCGUUUGGCCUCUCCGAAGCAUUUUCACUACAUACCGGGAAAUCCAUGUUAUCGGCUACGACCCUACGACGUAGCGCUAUAACCGUAGCUCAGCGGCGCAUGUGUUAAAACGUUAUUUACUCGUAUCAUUACUAAUAUUAGAUAGAAAUUUGUGCAUUUAAUUGAUUUAGUUAGGCGUUUGUUAAUCAUAAAAUUUACUAUUUGUUCCUUAAUUAAUAUUUAUUUUAUUGAAUUCUAACAAUUUUAUCGUACACCACUCCUAAAGGGUAAUAUUUAUUCUCCAAAGCCACGAAUAUAAUGGAUGCGAGUGUACUUUUGUACUGAAGGACGACUAUAUUAUUUAAAUGAUGAAUGUAUUAUUGUAUAAUAUAAUAAUGUAUUAUAGAUUUAAUAUAACAAUGAAAUAUAUUUUUAGAAAUUA